UGGGAUUAUCUAGAACCGAAGUCAAACCUAGUUUUAUGAUAUUUUUUUUGUUUGGAAAGGAAAGUUUAAAUCCAAAAGGGAAUUCUCAUUGCUCUUAAAAGUUAAAUCUUUCUAUGGUAUCUCUAUCUCCAUUGUUAAUCUUCAAGUACUCUAUAUGCCUUUUUCUCCUCCUUGAUAAACCCUAGCUAGAAUACUCCGCCGAAUUUUCCACUAGGCAUCGCCCCUUUUUCCGGGUCUGGAUCACCGGGAAUAUGGCUUUCCGACGAGUAUCCGCCACCGUUAUUCUCUUCUGCUACUUACUAAUUUCGUCUCAAUCUCUCGAAUUCAAUAAACCCCACAAGAUCAAAGGACCAAUCAAGACCAUAGUCGUUGUAGUCAUGGAGAAUCGCUCCUUCGAUCACAUCCUCGGCUGGCUCAAAUCGACCCGACCCGAUAUCGACGGAUUAACCGGUCAAGAAUCAAACCCACUCAACGUCUCCGAUCCAAACUCCGAGAAGAUCUUCGUCUCCAACGACGCCGUCUUCGUAGACAUGGAUCCGGGUCAUUCCUUCCAAGCGAUCCGAGAACAGAUCUUCGGGUCUAACGAUACAUCGGGCGACCCGACAAUGAACGGGUUCGCACAGCAAUCGGAGAGUAUGGAGCCAGGGAUGGCUAAAAACGUCAUGAGCGGAUUCAAACCCGAGGUCUUACCUGUUUACACCGAGUUAGCUAACGAGUUCGGUGUGUUCGAUCGAUGGUUCGCUUCUGUACCUACCUCGACACAGCCGAAUCGGUUCUACGUUCACUCUGCUACUUCUCAUGGCUGCUCAAGCAACGUCAAGAAAGAUCUCGUUAAAGGGUUUCCUCAAAAAACCAUCUUUGAUUCGUUAGACGAGAACGGACUCAGUUUUGGGAUCUAUUACCAAAACAUCCCUGCUACCUUCUUCUUCAAAUCCCUUCGUAGGAUUAAGCAUUUGGUGAAGUUUCAUAGCUACGCGCUUAAGUUCAAGCUCCAUGCCAAGCUAGGGAAGCUUCCUAACUAUUCCGUUGUGGAGCAGAGGUACUUCGAUGUCAAUCUUUUCCCGGCUAACGAUGAUCACCCGUCGCAUGAUGUGGCGUUGGGUCAACGGUUUGUUAAGGAAGUCUAUGAGACGUUACGGAGCAGUCCACAGUGGGAAGAGAUGGCUUUGCUUAUUACUUAUGACGAGCACGGUGGGUUUUAUGACCAUGUUCCCACGCCGGUUAAAGGUGUGCCUAACCCUGAUGGGAUCAUUGGACCUGACCCGUUUUAUUUCGGGUUUGAUCGUUUGGGCGUUCGUGUCCCUACCUUUCUCAUCUCUCCCUGGAUCGAGAAGGCCACUGUGAUACAUGAACCUGAUGGUCCAACGCCACAUUCACAGUAUGAGCAUUCUUCUAUACCCGCAACCGUCAAGAAACUCUUCAACCUAAAGUCACACUUCCUCACUAAGAGAGAUGCAUGGGCUGGCACGUUUGAGAAGUACUUCCGUAUCCGAGAUUCUCCUCGCCAAGAUUGUCCAGAGAAACUACCGGAAGUGACACAAUUGCUGAGGCCACGGGGAGCGAGAGAAGACUCAAAGCUCUCAGAAUUCCAGGUGGAGCUGAUCCAACUCGCUUCCCAACUCGUUGGAGACCAUCUUCUAAACUCAUAUCCAGACAUUGGGAAGAACAUGACUGUAAGUGAAGGCAACAAGUACGCAGAGGACGCUGUUGAGAAGUUUCUGGAAGCAGGGAUGGCUGCACUGCAAGCAGGAGCAGACGAAAACACUAUAGUCACUAUGAGGCCGUCUCUGACAACCAGAACCAGUCCCAGUGAAGGGACCAACAAAUAUAUUGGAAGCUACUGAAAUCUGUAAUUAGUGUAAUGAAUUAUAUGUAAAUGUAUGUGGCCUUCUCAUGAAAUCACUUUACUUAGAUGCAUACAUGAUGUGAAAAAGUAUAUAUACUUAGCAUGUAAUGGAUCAAAGAAUAUGGCCUCCAUCUCCAUAUGUUUGGAAAUUGGAAUGAAUGGAGGCUUCUUGUGAUACCAAUAUGUAUCCUUAUGCAAAAAUAGAUAAAAGAACCAUUAAACCUA